AUGAGAUCUCUUUUGUUCACAUCUCUGAUACUUAUUGGUCAGUACGUUGCGGUUCCGACUGAAUCUUCGAGAAGUCUCGAAACAACAAUCGAUGCAGAACCAGCCUGGACAUCCUCCGGAGAAGCAUCUUCCUCAAAUCUGCUCUCAUCAACGGAGUUGGCUUACAAUUAUGUCACUCAAGGUCCGCAUAAAUCGGUCUUUGAAAUAGAGCCAGUUGACGAAUCUCCCGUGGAGUUGUUGUCUGAUAACCCGCAUCGCAAUUACGGUGUCGAAUUAACCCCCGGCACCCAUCACCGGCAUACGCACAUCGUCGACAUCCCGUCCCUGGAUAGUCAUGAAAACUGGGCAAGGGGAGGGCCCUCCGCAGAACACCCACGUACCAGCAAGCCUCGGCGCGGGGAUCAUCAUAGACCGAUCGGCACCGAGCGAGAGAGAGGUAUAGGUCGGCAUAACCUUAGGACAACUGGCGGUGAAGAAGGCGGGGCCACCGAUCGAUAUCGUGCCAUCAUCGAAUACGUCAAAGAGCAGGAUCUUUCUGGAACUAUAUUGUUCUUUGUUAUAGCAAUCAUAGCGCCGUGGUUGGCUGCUGAUGAGUGGAGCCAGUGCCACUGGGGUCACACGUUCCGUCAUCUUUUCGAUCCUAAUCAUAAGCCACAUUAG